AUGAACGAUCUUAUUUCAAGUUCGUUCAAGCACCGGGUUCCUUUAGACCUGGAGGCUGGAGGUGAGGCUGGAAAAGAGACAACGAAUCUUGAUAAGUUCUUUGAAGAUGUAGAGAAUGUCAAAGAUGACAUGAAAAUCGUAGAGAAGUUGUACAAGAGAUUACAGGAAUCAAAUGAAGAGAGUAAAACUGCCCACAAUGCGAAAACCAUUAAAGAGGUUCGAUCACGAAUGGACUCAGACGUUGAGCAAGUCCUAAAACGAGUGAAAGUGAUUAAGGCUAAGCUAGAGGCACUUGAAAAAUCCAAUGCAGCUCAAAGAAAACUUCCAGGGUGUGGUCCAGGCUCAUCCGUAGAUAGGACCAGGACUUCGGUUGUUGCUGGUUUAGGUAAGAAGCUUAAAGAUUUGAUGGAUGAUUUUCAACAAUUUAGGGCCAAAAUGACAUCUGAAUACAAGGAAACAGUUGAGAGAAGGUAUUUUACUAUAACUGGACAGAAAGCAGAUGAACAAAUGAUCGAAAACUUGAUAUCAAGUGGUGAAAGUGAAAAUUUCCUUCAAAAGGCAAUUCAAGAACAGGGUCGUGGGCAAAUUAUGGACACCAUUUCAGAGAUUCAAGAGAGGCAUGAUGCUGUGAAGGAGAUUGAAAAGAAUUUGAUUGAACUUCACCAGGUUUUUCUGGACAUGUUUGCACUGGUAGAGGCACAAGGACACCAGCUCAACGACAUUGAGAGCCACGUAGCGCAUGCGAAUUCGUUUGUAAGGAGAGGGACCCAACAGCUGGAGGUGGCUAAGGAGACCCAGCAAAGCAGCCGAAAAUGGACUUGCAUUGCCAUAAUGCUAGGCGCUGUUCUCAUUGUUGUUAUUCUUUUUCCAAUUUUAUUCCAGGUUUUACUUCAUAAGAAGUAGCGUUAUCAAUGUCCCGUUUGUUUUCAAGACCAAAAACAGUUUCCUGUUUUCUGAU